CUCCCUCCCUUCCUUUCCCCGGCAGUAGGAGCCGCAGCGGCAGCAGCAGCAGCCACAGCAGCAGUAGCCCGGAUCCCCUGAGCCAUGGCGCUGUGAGAGCAGCACAUGGCGGGCGCAGCAGCCAUGAACCCCCCACUAAUCCAUACAACUCCCCCCUGAAGAGCCACCGUGUAACUGCAGCCGCCGCCGCCCGCCCGCCCGCUCACCCAACAACCAACCAACCAAUUCGCCUUAGUUGAAUAAUAUUAGACCACCAGCACCAGCACUGCCCAUCGCAACUGCUCCUGCCGCCUCCACGCCCGGGCCGAAGACGCUCUUCUCAGCCAGCUUCUUCCCUGCACCGCCGCCGCCACCUAAACCCCCGCUAACAGCCAGUCCGGUCCCACCGUCGCCAUGGGAGUGCAGGGCUUCCAGGACUACAUCGAGAAACACUGCCCGAGUGCCGUAGUGCCGGUGGAAUUGCAGAAGCUGGCCCGGGGCAGCCUGGUGGGUGGUGGUCGCCAAAGGCCUCCUCAGACCCCGCUGCGACUCCUCAUCGACGCCGACAACUGCCUGCACCGACUCUACGGCGGCUUUUACACGGACUGGGUGAGCGGCGGGCAAUGGAACCACAUGCUGGGCUACUUGGCGGCGCUGGCCAAGGCCUGCUUCAACGGCAACAUCGAGCUCUUCGUCUUCUUCAACGGCGCCCUGGAAAAGGCCCGGCUCCACGAGUGGGUGAAGCGGCAAGGCAACGAGCGCCAGACCGCCCAACAGAUUGUCAGCCACGUCCAAAAUAAGGGCACCCCGCCGCCCAAGGUCUGGUUUCUCCCGCCUGUCUGCAUGGCGCACUGCAUCCGCUUGGCCCUCAUCCGCUUCCACAUCAAGGUUGCACAAAGUAUCGAAGAUCACCAUCAAGAAGUAAUUGGUUUUUGCCGAGAAAAAGGCUUUCAUGGUUUGGUUGCAUAUGAUUCAGAUUAUGCAUUGUGCAACAUCCCUUACUAUUUCAGUGCCCAUGCCCUAAAACUGAGCCGUAAUGGAAAAAGCCUCACAACAAGCCAAUACCUGAUGCAUGAAGUUGCCAAGCAACUGGACCUGAAUCCAAAUCGGUUUCCUAUUUUUGCUGCUCUUUUAGGUAAUCACAUUCUACCUGAUGAAGAUUUAGCUUCAUUUCAUUGGAGUUUACUUGGUCCAGAACAUCCACUGGCCUCUCUUAAGUCAUGUCGGUGGAAACAAAUUGAAUUGGGAAAAAAUAGGAACUCAGUCAGAAAAUCAAGCAUGUGGGGAUCCAGGACACCAAUCAAAGGUGGAAGGUUCCUCUACUGUUUCUUCAGGGAAUCAGGCAGCUGAAGUUAAAGGGAACCAAACCAGUAGUGCACAAAUCCCAUGUCUGUUGUCAAUGCCCACCAGGAACCAUAUGGAUAUUACCACUCCUCCAUUACCUCCUGUAGCACCGGAAGUAUUAAGAGUAGCAGAACACAGACACAAAAAAGGAUUAAUGUAUCCCUACAUAUUUCAUAUCCUAACUAAGGGUGAGAUUAAAAUUGCAGUUUCUAUUGAAGAUGAAGCAAACAAAGACCUGCCUCCUGCUGCUCUUCUUUAUAGGCCAGUUCGUCAGUAUGUUUAUGGAGUCCUGUUUAGUUUGGCAGAAAGCAGGAAAAAAACAGAGAGGCUUGCUUUUAGAAAGAACAGAUUUCCUCCUGAAUUCUCACCAGUGAUAAUUAAAGAAUGGGCUGCUUACAAAGGAAAGUCUCCCCAGACUCCCGAGUUAGUAGAAGCACUUGCAUUUAGGGAAUGGACUUGCCCUAAUUUGAAGAAGCUUUGGUUGGGGAAAGCAGUAGAGGACAAGAAUCGACGAAUGAGGGCAUUCUUGGCCUGUAUGAGGUCAGACACACCAGCAAUGCUAAAUCCAGCUAAUGUGCCCACUCACCUAAUGGUGCUCUGUUGUGUAUUAAGAUAUAUGGUGCAGUGGCCUGGAGUUCGGAUACUUCGUCGCCAAGAACUUGAUGCCUUCUUGGCUCAAGCUUUAUCUCCAAAACUCUAUGAACCUGACCAACUGCAGGAACUAAAGAUUGAAAACCUAGAUCCUCGAGGAAUUCAGCUCUCGGCAUUAUUCAUGAGUGGUGUUGAUAUGGCAUUGUUUGCCAAUGAUGCUUGUGGGCAGCCAAUUCCAUGGGAGCAUUGUUGUCCAUGGAUGUACUUUGAUGGGAAGUUGUUCCAGACGAAGCUCAUCAAAGCAAGUCGGGAGAAAGCUCCCCUCAUUGACCUCUGUGAUGGUCAGGCUGAACAAGCUGCCAAGGUAGAAAAGAUGCGCCAGAGCAUCCUUGAAGGUUUAAAUUUCUCCAGGCAAAACCAUCCACUCCCUUUCCCACCACCACCUGCCAUGCCUUUCUAUCCAGCUUCUGUUUAUCCUCGGCACUUUGGGCCAGUUCCACCUCAGGGCAGAGGCAGAGGCUUCGCUGGAGUCUAUGGCUUUGGGGGCCCUUAUGGGGAAACGGUUGCAGCUGGCGCGUAUCGGACCUUCCGAAUGACUGCCACAGGAGGACACUCUGGACCUUUCCCUGGCAACGAUGGCAACAGGACUAGCAAGUUUCAGGGCGGUGUCCAACCCAUUCCUUCUCAGGGAGGGAAGCUUGAAAUAGCUGGCACUGUGGUGGGCCACUGGGCUGGAAGCAGGCGUGGUCGAGGAGGAAGCAGGGGGCCAUUUCCUCUGCAGGUGGUUUCUGUUGGAGGGCCAAGAGGACGUCCUAGAGGAGUUAUUUCCACACCAGUGAUAAGAACAUUUGGCCGAGGAGGAAGAUACUAUGGGAGAGCUUAUAAGAACCAGGGAGUUAUUCAGGGCAAACCUCCUUAUGCUGCUUCAGCAGAGGAAGUGGCCAAAGAACUUAAAUCAAAAUCAGAGGAAGGCAAGUCCUCUAUUGUGUCUUCAGAAGGAUCCCUGGCUGAAAAUGGCAUAAUGAAUGAGGAGAAACCAGCUUCCCAUAUGAAUGGGAGUACAGCAGAUGUCAGGGCUUCCAACCAGUCUGAAAGUGCCUUGAGUAAUGACUCUAAAAUGUGCAAUACAAAUCCUCACUUAAAUGCACUAAAUGCAGACAGUGUUUGCCAUAAAGAUGAUGCUCUUGAGGCUACUGUCUUAAAAAAAGAAGAGUAAACUUAUUUUUUAUAGAGGGUGAAGGAUGUUGGAAGGGUCAGGAUUAGGAAUAUCUGGAAAGAAAGAGAGCCUACAGUUACGUACAUUUUUUCCUUUCCGUAAGAGAAAAAUGAGGACUUGGAAAUUUGGAUCCCUCUUGGAUGUCAGAGAUUUAAAGAACACAUUUUUAGUUUUAACCAGUUGUAGUCAAAAUGCUACAAUACAAUAAAAAUGAAAGAGAAUGAAGAGCAUUUGACUCCCGCACUUAAAAUGAUGUAUACACAAAGUUUAAACUGGUUAUGACAAAAGCUUGUAGUUUUUGUUUCUUGAAAUAUAUUAAAAAGGAAAAGAAAAACAAAUUUUGGCAGUCUUUCAGUAUAUAUAGCUUAAAAUAUAAUUUUUAGUACUUGGCACCAUAUGUAUGCCAUUAUAUUUGAUUUUGCAUUACUGUGUCACAAAGCUUUCCUUAAGGCUUUGAUUUCAUGAUUAUGGGGGGGAAAGGCACAACCACAGUUCUUUCUUUUCUUAAAUUUCAUCACCGUUGAUGUGGUUUCUUUUUAUGUUUAAAAUGUGCAAACUAUCAAAAUCGAAAAAAAAUUAUAGAGUAAUAUUGGAGUUCUGAUUAUUUUAAAUAUACAUCAUAAUACUUUACAAGCAAGUUAAAAUGGAUUUAACUUGAAAAUCAUAGAAGAUGCAAAUGACCUUUUCAAAAGAAACACAAUGUGUUCUGAUACUUUUUGUGACUAAUACCAUGCAUCUGUGAUCAAUGAACUAUGUGGUUUUUGAAUCAGACGUAGACCAUUAGUACUACUAUUUGAGCUAAACUUCUGCAUGGUUCAUAAUUUUAAAGUGUGUAGUUAAUAUUAUGCAUGUUCUUGUUCUCUUUCUUCCAUUCUUACAAGUACUGUGCCCAUUUGCAAAACAAAAAAAGCUAAUAAUCAGUAAUAGUCCUAUAAAAGAUGUUAACUAUGUUUAGUCAUUGACUGAUCUUGCUCUAACCUUAAAAUUUUGUGAUUAUUGACCUCUGUUGCAUUUAUUCUAAAACAAAAAAAAAUUAUCUAGCCGUUUUGAAUAUCAACGUUUCCCUGGUGUACUCAUUGCUGUAUGCAUUAUUGUUCUCUGUUGCUGUUUUAUGCCUUCAUAUUAGCAAAUAUGAAAUUCUGUGGAAAAACACAAAAAAAAGCUUUGAUCUUCAAGAAAUACCCCCCUUCUGUAGCAGGAAACAAAUGGCUUGUUCUUGAGAACUUUCCCAUCAAGAAUUUAGUAUAAGCAAAUAUACCUGUAUCAUUUUGAUGUUUUUGUUAGUGUUUCCAAACUUAAUGUACUUCAGAAUCAGAAUCAUUUCUUUAUAUUCGUUUUCAUAUAAUUCUCCUGAUGCUCUUCAUCACACAUUAGUGAUCAGAAAUGAGGUGUAAUUCCCUAUUCCCUGCCCGCAAGAGCUAAGUAGGUAUCUUAAUGUAAGUUGAAGGGAGUUCUGCCCCAACUCAUGGAUUGUGCAAGAAUGAACUACUGUUGGGUUUGAUUGGUUGUAGAUGGAUUGUGGUGUGGUGUAUUUGAAGGCUAUUGAAUGCAACUUACAAUGCUUAAUAAAAAUCUUUAUUCUUUUAGUAUAA